AUGUUUUCUAAGGUCUUGUGUUUCGCGGUUCUCGUGGCUACGGUAGUAGCCGAGGAAGCAGAAGAUGGGCUCCACAGUCACGGCGUGGCUCAUUGGCUGCAUGGCCAUGCGGCGCAUGGAAUCCAUCACGGCCACGGUCACCACGGGCAUGCGCGCUCGCAUGUUCAUGAAACGCGCCAUGUAAUCCCUAUUCAUGAGCAUCAUGAACAUGGUCACCAUGAACACGAACACCAUAAGCAUCCCAAGUACGAGUUUGAGUACUCCGUAGAAGACCCCCACACUCACGACAUAAAGAUGCAGCAGGAGCACCGCGACGACGACGUCGUGAAGGGCCGCUACAGCCUGCACCAGCCCGACGGCCACGUGAGGCAUGUGGAAUAUCACGCCGACAAACAUGGGUGA